UGUCCCUCCAGAGGGCUGUUACAGCCUGACUCCGCCUGUCCCUCUCUGCGACAGCCUGACUCUGUGUCUCUGCCUGUCCCUCUCUGCCACAGCCUGACUUUGUGUCUCUGCCUGUCCCUCUCUGCUACAGCCUUACUGUGUCUCUGUCUGUCCCUGCCACAGCCUGACACAGUGUCUCUGACCGUCUCUGCCUGUCCCUCUCUGUCACAGCCUGACUCUGUGUCUCUGCCUGUCCCUCUCUGCCACAGACUGACUCUGUGUCUCUGCCUGUCCUUCUCUGUCACAGCCUGACUUUGUGUCUCUGCCUGUCCCUCUCUGCUACAGCCUGACUGUGUCUCUGUCUGUCCCUGUCUGUCUGUCUCUGCCACAGCGUGAUGCAGUGUCUCUGACUGUCUCUGCCUGUCCCUCUCUGCCACAGCCUGACUCUGUGUCUCUGACUGACCCUAUCUGCCUGUCCCUCUUUGACUGACUGUCUGCCUGUCUGUGAUUGUCCCUCUGUCUGUCCCUUUUACUGACCGUAUGUCUCUGAUUGUCCCUGUCUGUCCAACUGUGUCUCUGACUGUCCCUCUUUGACCGACUCUGUCUCUGAUUGUCCCUCUUUGACUGACUCUGUGUCUCUGACUGUCCCUCUCCGUCACUGCUUGCCUCUGUCUGACUCUCUGACUCUGAUGGUCCCUGUCUGAUCACUGUCUGUCUCGGCCUCUGUGACUGGCAGCCUCUGCCUGCCCCUUUCAGACUCUAUGUCUCUGACUGUCCCUCUCUGACUCUCUCUACUCUCCCUGCCCUGCUUGACACUCUGUAUCCAUCUCUGCCAGUCCUUGCCCGUCCCUGUCUGACUGAAUCCAUCCAUCUCUGCUAUGCCUGCCUGAGUGACUCAUUCUGACUGCUUGGCCCUCCCUGACUGCCUGACUAGGUGAUGGAUGUGGGUGACAUGGAAUCCAGCAAGGAUCUGUGGGAGCGGAUUUGUGCUGGACUGGCAGCUCAGACAAGGGAUGGGAAUGAAACUGAAGCCCUGAUUGGAAGCUCCCAGCCAGCAUUUUUCUCAGAAAUAUUCAACCCAAUACCUGGGAAGGUGCUGGAUGAGGACUCAGUCACCAACAGUGAAGCUCAGACAGGUGUCACUCCUUGGACUCCCCUGGCAGAUUCACAGCAAUAUUUAGCAGUAUUGGAAAAUCGCCUGCGAAAAUUAAAGGGCCUGAAUGAAGAACCGAGUUCAAAAGAGAUGCUACUCAGCCUGUCACAGACAAAGAAGGAAUGUUGGGAUCGUUUCCUGCAUGACCAGUAUGGCUCUGACAUGUACAGCAAUGGAUACGAGGUGGAUCAGAGGCCCCCAACAGUCGGUGAGAAAUUGAGGAGCCUUCGACGCCAACGGCCAUUUUGAGUGCGAGCAGCAGCGGAGGUAAGACGGACCCGGAAGACUACAGCUAAGGUAAAGCAGUUUAUUUUUAAAAUUACUUACCGGUAGCGGGCAGAAGUGUUUUUCUCUUUCAGAGAAGGAGCGGGAGCAGCGGAGGAAGUGACGAGGACCAGAGGGGCAGCCGGGAAGGAAAGCAGUGAGUAUAAAUAUUCACCCUUCGACACCAACGGCCAUUUUGAGUGCGAGCAGCAGCGGAGGUAAGAUGGACCCGCAAGACUGCAGCUAAGGUAAAGCAGUUUAUUUUUAAAAUUACUUACCGGUAGCGGGUAGCGGUGUUUUUCUCUUUCAGAGAAGGAGCGGGAGCACCAGAGGAAGUGACGAGGACCAGAGGGGCAGCCGGGAAGGAAAGCAGUGACCAUAUUCAUCAGCAAGGCGGCUAAACCAGAGACUCUACAACUGUAGUGUCUCUCACCCGCCCUCCUCCUCUAACCUAGUUAAUAAGAAUCCUGGACUUCCAAGCUUUUCAAAGAGACAGUUGAACUGAGUCUGUGAGAAAUACACAACACAAUCAUCAUGCCUGGGAGCAGAGACUGAGUGUGGGAUUAUUAAGAUAACAUGCGUGGAGCUGGAUGAACACAGCAGGCCAUGCAGCAUCAGAGGAGCAGGGAAAGCUGACAUUUCGGGCCAGGACCCUUCUUCGGAAAAUUAUUGUUCAGCCUGGACUCCCAUUUUGCACCUCCUCUCUGAAAGGAGGAUUGACUGAAACCAACAGACCCCGAUCCAAGAGAUAGCAGGAAAUGAUCCAAGACAGCUUUUACAGCUCGGGCUAUGCAGCACAGACAGUCGGAGCCUACAGAGACACCAGACAUUCAAAUCUAUUCAUUCAGCAGAAUGAAAACUACAGAUCUGGUGUGAAGAUAAUGGGACUCUCGGUCAGUAUAACUGCCAGCCCCGAUCUCAUGGGAAGAGGAAUCUGAACAAGAAGCUUCCGAACACGGGUCUUUCUGAACCGAAAACACCAACAGCAAGAACCUGAUCCAGACCAUCCAAACCAGACACAAACAAACACGAUCAAUCGCUGAUUUCACCGAAGACACGAGUCCUCAGUCACAACCUGAGUUGAAAACCCGCUCACAAAUCGAAAGAUAAGAAAGGACACCACUUUGAUUGGGACAACACAUCCAUCCUAGGACAAGCCAAACAGAGACAUGCACGAGAAUUCCUAGAAGCAUGGCAUUCCAACCAGAAUUCCAUCAACAAACACAUGGACUUGGAGCCAAUCUACCAUCCCCUGAGAAAAAGAACAGGAAAUGACAUCACCAACCCAAGGAAACCUAACCAGAUAAAUAGAAAGCGGGACAUAACACCAGCGCUUCGUCAGAGGCUCACUGAUGAUGUUACCUAGAAUGGUGACGAAACGUCUGAAAACUAACCUUCCAGCUCAGCGAGCAAACUCACAUCCAGAACCUCAACCUGAGCUACAAAUCUUCUCAAAACUCGCUAGCCAACUUAGUCGCACCUCAUUAUAAUCCCCAGUUCCCAGAAUAAAUCUGUUGCCCCUGUGUUACAAUCACUCGUAUGCUAAUGUGUGCUUCCUUAAGUGAGGAAAACAAAUCUGCACACAUUUCUGUAUCUCUGGCUUCAGAAGGUUCCACAAAGUGCAUUGAUAGAAAUCGCACUGCAAUGAACACAUCCUUUUUCCAGGUGCUCAAAUAACUUCAUGCGUAAUUUGCAGGCAAAAGAAAUCUGUGUUGCAGGGAGCAUAAUCCCACUAAUGACAGGCUGUUGCACACAGCAACACGACCCUCUCACAAAUAGAAGCCAUCGUCUUAUGUUUUAAAAUUAAAAUAUUAAGCAGAGAAAAUGUCAUCUAAAAAAAAACUCACUCCUUGUCCCUUUAUUAAAAGAAUUUGCUAAUAAGAUAAUGCUAAAAAUAUGUACAAUGCAAUGAGACAGGGGUAAGUUAGUGGGCCGAACUGUUGAAACUGGCUCAUAAUGACACUGAGACUCGACACAGUGAAGCAAUAGAUAUACCGAAUCAUUGACAAAAAUAGCUCAGAAACAAAGGAGUGAAUUCUCAUAAAACUGACAAGCAAGAUGUACCAUCAGACUGACAGAGAUCGGAAUUGUUCAGAAAAUAACUUAUCAGGUACACUGAUUGAUGGUGCAUGCUAGAAACCAUUCUGAGUGAAAUAACUUCAGUAUCUACCAAUUAUUCGCUAAGAAUUGAAUCUCUGCUUCACGUAAGAAGAACAGGUGUAUAGUUUACUGGCCGCCUGAUUUGCAGACAAAGGAAACCUGAUCCCAGGACUCUCAGGGACAUUACACUGUUUGUGACAGUCCAUCACACAAAACAAGACCCUCUUACACGGAGAACAGAACAGAUUAUAGUUAAACAGACAUGCAUCCCAACAUGAAAAUCUGCCACUAAUUCUGAUGUCAUCUGCAAACCUACCUCCGAGGUUCACAUCCAAAUCAUUUGUGUAAAUCACAAAAAAGUGUCCUUUUGUCCCCUACUGUCCGUCUAAGGUUUAUCUUUGAUCUGCACGCUGCUUGUUUGAACAUGAACGUGUAACUACUAAUAUUUAGACUUUUCAACUGUCAGAUAUAACUAUGGAAUCUUUCUCAAUUCAUUGAUCAUUUGGCUUCUAUGUAUAUCUCAAGCUACUUUGAGCUAUGUAUGUAUAAUUAGUUCCUGGGGGGGAAUAUCUCUUGUGUAUUCUGUUGAAUAAACACAUUUACAACCUGUAAGUUCCUUGUUCCAAUUAUCUGAGCAAAAUGUAAAUAUUUUUAUCCAAUUGCAGUAAUUAUCUUUUUAGUGGCCAAUUCACAAUCACAAUUAAUUUUUAAUUAUUCCUAGUAUAGAACACCUUGUAAACCAAAUUAUUUUUCUCAGAGCCAAUGUUAUAUAUCUAACAGUUUACAGUGCAGUCAUCCAACUGUAUGUCCAAUUAUUGGA